AUGAGGCCCGUUGGCCACGACCAGGCAUUGCACAGCUACAGCCGACCGCGCGCCCAACCCUGCUCGGGGGCUCACGGGGGCAUCCGCGACGACCCUACCGCGACCGCCGAAAGAGCCCGAGAAUCGACCAGCCGCGUCGUCUCAGCCUUUGGCGGAGUGGUAAACUACCUGGACCAGCUUCCAACCAGCCUUCGAUCACUCUCGACAACUCUCGACUAUCUCAACCACGAACGCAAAUCCAAUCGCACUGACUCCGACGAGUGCAUACCCGAAAACUCCGAACCCUCUCUCUCACAGUCAGAACUAGAGGAGAAAUCUGAGCGGCUCCAUGAUUCUGAUAGCCAUCGUAAAGAUUUUACGUCGUUCUGCCAACGUGCCGGCCUACCCACUGCUUUUCAAUACUUGAACUUGCUUGAUGACGUCUUCAAAAUCUUAGAUGCUGGGAGAAGCGAUCGCUUGGCUUUAAUCAACUUGCCACCGGGCGAACAAUAG